CGGCGCUAAAGUCCAAGUAUAGGAACGUAAAUGAAAUACGUGAUCCAAAGGAUUCGUAGCUGGAUCCCUUUGAACUUGAUACACUUGAUUUUUCUACGAGUGAAAACCAAUAUCAACGCUGAUAAUACGUCUAUGUAAUCGUAGCUGUUUACUACCGCUUAUUACCAUUGAUUCGUUCCAUAUUUCUAUAGUCUUUACUCCCGUUUUGCCAACUUCCACGUCCUCGUACUCCAGCCUGAUUAUUUUUAUUUUAUCCAUUUUAUCGUUAGGUAUUUUCUUCAAAUGAAAUUAUUUCAAUUAAAGACACAGGCAAAUAUUAUUUUAUUAGCAACGCGCGGACAGCCGCAGUUUCGUUUUGAACGAAUCCCGUCGAGAUCGUCGAUCUCGAUCAUCUCGAUCUCGUGUUUCUCUCGACUACGUGAGAUACAUUCGUUUUGUUUUGAUACUACGCGGAGGAUGACGUAUCCGUGAAGACGGUGAAUCGAAUCUCAGACACGAUUCCGUGAAAACGCUGUACGAUCAUUUAUUCCGCUUAACUAUUUCUCACGGGACAAUACCUGGGAAAUUAGUCACACGCAGCUUCAUAUACGUCGACGAAUCGAUGAUAACGUACCCCGUGGGAUUCUUUAUGGCUUUUUGACAGUUCCUGUAAAAAUGGCUCGAUGGGACGUUUUGAAACUUUUAAACUUGUUAUUCCUCGCGAAUAACUGUGUGAAUUACAGUUUGUGCGGGCUCUACGAUAAUUACGUCGAAUAUGGUUUGGAAACGGAGAAACUUUGCCGUCUUCUUGGUAAAACGCCGCCUAUAGACAUUAAAAGUGGUGCCGCAAUAAUCAGACCAAAACACAUGUUUGACCGGUGGAACGGUCGUCGUUAUAACGUUCAUUGCAAGUUUACGUUUAAGACAGCUGAAGGGGAUGGUUUGUUCGGAGUUAUUCAAAAAAUGUCCUUCAGACGAAACGAAACACAUUGUAUAGAUUAUGUACGAUUUAAAAGAAAAGAUGGCCAUAAGACGGAGAGAUUGUGCGGCCUCUUAGAUCCCAGUAAACCAGAAGAUAAUUCAUCGGAAUUCCCAUUCACGACAUGGGUCAUCUAUGGGGAAUUCGAUCCGAUGAUCAAUAGUAAAUCUUCUGCAGAAUUAGAAACUGAAAUAUUCAUUUCGAAAAAGGAGUUACAGGAAGGGGAGUCUCUCGCCCUGAUCAUUGCCUAUACCUCCUUCACAAAUUGUAGUAAAGUGGAUCCGACCAAGUAUACAUCGAUCGGCAAUAAUACUUGUAUAAUGGACGAAUAUUUUUGCGACGAUAUUUACAACUGUGUGCCAGGUGUUUGUAACGAUGAAAGUAAAUGUCUCGAGAUCGUGAGCACCGGCACGGGCACGAAAGUAACAGUAGGUGCAGUGACUACUUUAAUUCUAUGCUUCAUAAUAUUCGUUAUGUGUUUAUGGAUAUGCAAGCGAUCACAAAAGUUGUGUUGGGCCACGGAUUGCGCCGACCCGAGCGUCUGCUCGAGGCCCGGUCCGCUGCCACGUCACGAGAGCACCGUAAAUCCACCGGUUCCCACGGCACCGAUGCUCGAAGUCGCGGUCUCUUCGUCGGUCGCUGAUAAAGACCUGCCACCUAGUUACGAUUCACUGUUUCCGGAACAAAGUAAUACCGUUAGAGCAUAAUCGUUAACGAGUUACGCGCGCGUAACUAAUACAUAUCGACAGCGCGUUAUCUAAUGUUUUAAUUAGAUGCCGUUGUGAUCAAUGCAGUCUUCAGAUAUAUGGUAUGAGUGAGUGCCUUUCUGGAUGAACACCAGAUAGAGUCGCUUAAACGAAUGUUUUAAAGAAAGAUUGAAGAUCUUCUUUUCUAGAUAUUUUAUAUCAACGUUUUUUCCCCCGUUUACAAUACUAAACAUUUUUAUAUUUUGUACUACUCGUCGUAUUAAAACAAUGGUAAUUAUAAAUACGAUUUAUACCGAGGCAUAAUCAAUGAAGGCCACGAGGAAUGGUCAAUUAGCCAGCAACGAAAUAAAGUUUACUUUAUAAUAUAUAAAUCUUUUUAUAUUGGAAAAAUACAGUAUUUAAUAAAUUU